UGCUGCAAUUAUUCCUCUAAGUUGAAGACGAGCUCCAAGAACACCGGGGAAUAGCGUGGGAAAAGGACGACGGUUUUUCUCUCAAGCGGCUGCCGGGGGGAAAUGGCGGCGACGAGGCUGCGAGGUUCGAGCCCGGCUGCUAAUUCGGGGAAUAGCAUGUCUUCUAGAGUUUUGCUCUACUCUCUGUUGCUGGCUCUUCAAUAUGGAGCUCAACCUCUAAUCUCCAAGCGCUUCGUCAGACGAGAAGUUAUUGUGACUACAUUGGUCUUGACAUGUGAGAUCGUUAAGGUUGCAUGUGCUGCAAUUCUCAUGGUGAAAGACGGUUCUAUGAAGAAAUUAACCAAGGAAUGGAGUCUGGUUCGAUCACUGACGGCAUCAGGACUUCCUGCAGCAAUUUAUGCUCUGCAAAACAGCUUGCUCCAGAUAUCUUACAAGAAUCUGGAUUCGCUCACAUUUUCAAUUCUGAACCAGACCAAGAUAUUCUUUACUGCCUUGUUCACCUAUAUAAUCUUGAGGCAGAAGCAGUCAAUCCAACAAAUUGGGGCAUUGUUCCUGUUGAUUAUGGCUGCUGUUCUUCUCAGUGUCGGUGAAGGGUCUAGCAAAGGAACUACUAGCAGUAACCCUGAUCAGAUUUUGUUCUAUGGGAUUGUGCCUGUACUGGUUGCAUCAGUUCUUUCUGGUUUAGCUUCAUCCUUGUGUCAAUGGGCUUCUCAGGUCAAGAAACACUCGUCAUACCUCAUGACAAUUGAGAUGUCUGUUGUUGGGAGCCUGUGCUUAUUGGUCAGCAUGACAAAGUCUCCGGAUGGUGAAGCAAUCAGAAAGUACGGGUUUUUUCAUGGAUGGACUCCAUUAACCUUGAUCCCUGUUCUAGCCAAUGCCCUAGGUGGAAUUCUCGUAGGUCUUGUCACAAGCCAAGCGGGAGGCGUUAGAAAGGGUUUUGUCAUUGUUUCUGCACUUCUAGUGACGGCCUUGCUUCAGUUGGUCUUCGAGGGCAAAUCUCCUUCGGCGUACUGUGUGGUUGCACUGCCACUAGUGUUGACCAGCAUUUCGGUAUACCAGAAGUAUCCAUAUCAAGUUAAGAAGAAACCAUUGUAGAGCUCCACGCUUAGGGUUCAUGUCAUGUGCUAUUGAACACUAGAUCCUAUAUAGUUUUCUUUUCCUUUCCUCCCUUGCAUUUUGAAAGGGCUUACUUGUAGCUUUGAAUUGAGUUUCUUACCGAUCUCAAACUAGAACGCACUGCAGAAUUACGUUUUACUGGCCUCUCUGCAGUUGUUAAGGUAGAAGUAUUACACAUUGUCCUCUCUCCUGUUGGGAGGUCGAGGAAGUGAUCGAUUGUGAGUUGAACAAGUACUCUAUUCCGAAGAUCCAGAAUGUAUUCUUUAGGGUCCUGAUUGUCAAACAAUUGUGAUUGAUAUAAUAACAUUUAGAGGUUAAAAAUUGCAAAGUAACUCUCAUCAGUGAUGAGUGUAUUGGAAUCAAGAGUUGACUGCAAGUAACUCUUCGCUUUUCAUCAGCAGAUUGUCUUCCGAACCCAACAAUGGUCUAGUCAAUUCAUUCAAGAUAGAGUAUAUCUCUUUCCCUCUAGGAUGAGAAGAAUCACCGACAGUAAACUCAUGGACGACGCCAUCAACCUCAACCGAGCUACAACCAGGGGUCUUUCUGACACCAAGAUCUUUCAUUUCACUUCUCACCUUCUUCACCUCUUCCCACUUGCUCGUCAAGGCAUAGAUAUUUGCAAGAAGCGUAAGCACACUCGCAUCACCUGAUGCCAUCGUCACGAGAUGCUUACCAACCCUCUCGCCUAUGUCAACAUUUCUAUAAAUCCUGCAAGCACUGAGCAAAGAACCAUAAAGAGGAACAACUGCCUCAAGAUUGGAACACGGAACCUCUCGUAUGAGCUCCUCUGCUUCUUCCAAACAUCCAGCUCGACCAAGCAAGUCGAUAAAGCACCCAUAGUGCUCAAUCUUCGGUUGAAAUUGAUAUGAUGCUGUCAUGGAAUGAAAGAAUUCACGACCUUCCUCAACCAAUCCUCCAUGGCUACAAGCACUCAAAACACCAAUGAAAGUAACAUCGUCUGGUCUGACUCCAACUUGUUUCAUUCUCGAAAACAAAUGGAGCGCCUCGUAUGUCUUCCCAUUCAUUGCGAGCCCACAUAUGAUUGAAGUCCAAGAGGCUGUGUCUUUCUCUUUUAAACAAUGGAAGAUGCUCAGUGCUCUAUUGAUGCUUCCACAUUUCCCGUACAUGUCUAUUAGAGCAGUACCAAGAAUUGUAUCGACUGCUAUUCGGUUUUCGUCUAUGUACUCGUGUAUCCAUUUACCUUGCUCGAGGGCACCCGUUUGUGCACACCCCGUAAGGAGAGCAACCAAUAUGAACUUAUCAGGCUUCAUUCUUCUGGCUUGCAUCUCUCUGAAGAGUGCAACUGCUCUGUCAAAAUGGUUGAACUGCACAUAUCCGUUGAUCAUAGAUGUCCAAAGAACAAUGUCUCUUGUAGGACUCCUCUCAAACAGAUUUCUAGCCUCAUCUAACUGCCCACAGUUGAUGUAACCAGUCACCAUAGUCGUCCAACAAAUGACAUUUCUAGAGGGCAUCUUGUCAAAGAUUUCUCGAGCUACUAGCAAACAACCACACUUGCAAUACAUGUCGAGUAACACAUUAGCAAUGAUCGAAGUGCAUUCGAUUUCACUCGUGACGAAAUGAUGGAUUUCUUCCCCGAGUUGCAAAUUCUUCAAUGCUGCACAAGCCGAGAGAGUGCUUACAAUUGUAGCCUCAUCAGGUCUCAGAUCACUCUCAUUUCUCAUAGAGCAGUAAACUUUGAUAGCAUCCUCGAAUCUCCUAAACUUCACAUACCCAGAUAUGAGUACAUUCCAAGAAACCACAUCUCUCUCGCGCAUUUCAUCAAACACCUUCCGCGCCACAUCCAUUUGCCCCAAAUGCACAUACAUAUCCAUUAACGAGUUCACCACGUAAGUAUCGGAUCUCAUCCCCGUCACCGUAACGAAUCCAUGAACCCUUCUACCCUCCAGAGUCUUCCCCAAACAUCCGAUUGCUUUCAACACGAACGGGUAGGUGAAAUUAUCAGGCCACAAGCCAUCUCCCCUGAGUCGGCUAAACAACAACAGACAUUUCCUGAAACUGCCCUUCUUCGCAUACACUUUGAUCAUUAAAUUAUGUAUGAAUAAACAGGGCUUUUCAAUGAAAUCGAAGACUCUCUGUGCGUAGUUGAGAUUGCUGUUCCCAUAACACGGGUCCGUGCAAAAGACCAUGAGCUUGCCGAGAGCAUCGGCAUCUUGGUGCAGCCGGCUCCGGAACAUCUGGCAGUGUACUUGUUUUAGAUGGGCCAUCGAUUUGCAAUUCUUGAGUAGACGAAUGCAUGAUCUCUUGUCGAAGUUCGGGCUCGCCGAAGUCGAAAAAGUAGGUGACUUUCCAGAGAUGGAACCGCGCAAGCUAAUGAACCAAUUCGGCGCGAAGCUGCUGCUGCGCCGAAUGAGCAUGUGAGUGUGGAGAUAAAUUGAGUUCCUGGCGAUAGAAAGAAAGUUCGGCGGAAUGAUAUUUGCCGGCGAUCUCUUUGAAGAUAUGCCUGUUGGCUCGGAGGAGAGGAAGAAA